AUGACGACCUCCCGCCCAGCUCGACGACGACAAACCUCCCUGCAGAAAGCCCAGCACCAUGCGGCUGCCUCCGCCCCGAUGACCCCUCGAGUGAUCAACGCCGCUCCCUCCCUGGAGAAGGCGCAAAUCCAUGGCAUCGACGACCAGCGUCCGAUGUCCUCCAAGAUCAUGGGCAUGCUGGGCCGCAUCUUCAUCGAGACCAUCCCACAAUGGCUCACCGUGGGUGCCAUGCUGCUUCUGAUCUUCGGGGGGUGUUGUUCCAACGUCUUUGCCCUGGAGGCUAUCAUUCAGGUUGAGCCGGCCAGUGGCACUCUCCUGACUUUUGUUCAGUUCCUCUUCGUCGCCGUCACGGGGUACAUCUCCCAGUUCGACGAGACGCGGCCUCCGUUCUUCCUGCGACCAAACAAGGUGCCCAUCCGGCGCUGGCUGAUCAACAUCGUGCUUUUCUUCAGCAUCAACACGCUGAACAACCAUGCCUUCAGCUACGACAUCUCUGUUCCUGUGCACAUCAUCCUUCGAUCCGGAGGAAGCAUAACGACAAUGAUUGCGGGAAGCAUUUGGGGAAAGAGAUAUUCUCGCAUACAGUUCACAGCUGUCAUGCUUCUCACGGUCGGUGUCAUAACCGCCGCUUGGUCGGACGCGCAGACUAAGGGGAAAACGGAAGAGCACGCGGGAAGCACUCAGAGUUUCAACACCGGCCUCGCCAUCCUCUUCACUGCUCAAGUUGCGUCCGCGAUUAUGGGUCUGUAUACCGAGGACACGUACCGAAAGUACGGUCCACAGUGGAAGGAGAACCUAUUCUACUCGCAUCUACUAUCCCUGCCGCUGUUUAUUCCGUUCAUGCCGGCCAUGUGGAGGCAGUACAACAAGCUGGCAAACAGCGCGCCCUUGCCACUCCCAAUCGCGGGGAUCUUUGGGCUCGAGAAGCUACCGGACGAUUUCCAGCGCGCCAUCGACAAGAUUUACAUCCCAAGCCAGCUGUUCUAUCUCAUGAUGAACGUCCUGACGCAGUAUGCCUGCAUCCGCGGCGUCAACCUGCUUGCAGCUGCGUCGACUGCGCUGACGGUGACAAUUGUCUUGAAUAUCCGCAAGCUCGUGAGCCUCCUGCUCAGCAUCUGGCUGUUUGGGAACCAGUUGGCCACGGGCACGCUGCUUGGGGCUUGCAUCGUGUUCUUCGCGGGAGGACUAUACUCGCUUGAUUCGGGCAAGAAGGUCUCUCCCCCGAAGGCCAGGACAGCCAAGAUUGGUUGA